UACUUAUAAGGUGAAUAAUAAAGCAAUAAUGAUUACGCAAGAUAUCGGGGAAAAGUCGAAUAUUGAACCAAAGAUUUCAGAUUUAGGACUUUCUAGUAGAAUAGAUGAAAUUAAUGUAGAUGGAACUAAAGAAUUAAAUGAUGAUGAGCUUAAAAUUAAAAAUGCUUUUUUGAAAGCUGAUAAAAUGAUUGUUUCACAAUUGGAAGCUUUGCAACGACAUCCAGAU